UGCACGGCUGCAAAUCACACCAUGGCACGCUUGGAAGCCAAAGCCGCCGCGCCCAAGAACGCGACGGCGGCAAGCAGCGGCGACGACCAGCUGAUGAGGACGAUGAGCACCGACGACGAGGACGAGCUGUUCGAGCUCGACAUCGCCCUCCUCAACAGCCGCGACAGCUGCGUCGGCGACGAUCACCACACCUGUCGCGGCCGCUCUGCUGCCGUUGCCGACGGCGACGGGCAUGCCCUGCUGGCGAACUGCCUGCUGCCGGUGAGCUCGGUGAGCAACGCGGUGCCGGUCACGGCGAGCAGCAUCGUCUCCUCGUACCCCUACUUUGGUUACUACAGCUCCAGGAGGCUCUUCACCACCACCACCACCACCACGAGCAGCAAGAGGUUUCUUGGACGGCCAGGGAAUUCGGCGAGGUUUUGCUUCUCGAUCAGAGGCUUUGAAACCAUGGGGAACUACUUUCAGAGGUACUGAACGCAGAGUCGCUGAUCGAUCCAACGAUCAAACGUGUAAGUUUGGUGUGUUUGAUGUAACAGUACGGACCGAGCAAAUAGCUAGGUCCAGUGGCUUAAGCCCAAAAACUGCAUUUUCGGACCAACAUGAUUCAUGUUUUGUACUCAUUCGUAGCCCGCUCACUGUGGGAGCGAGCCUGGGAGGGUUUACGAGUAAAGCCAGACUACGAGAGAGAGAGAGAGGAGAAGAACGCUAUAGGCCGCGCCAGAGAGGGAGAGGAG